AUGGAUUCUUUGAUUGUUAUGCGAAAACCUCUAAGAAAACCUCAGAUAGCUCCGAAAUGUGUGAUAUCGAAAUCGAAAAAAUCGGCGGCUAAAGUAGAGGUAUUGUCUUCUGAGCCCCUUCCACAGACUGAGGAAAGCACUGCGCCCCCCGCAGCCCCUGUCUGCUUCGUGCAGCUGUACGGACGCUGCGGACCCUGGCACCGCGCGCCCAUCCCGCACUCAGGGCACGGCGACACGCUUGCAUUGCAUGGUGACACGCCAGUACUGCACGGCUACUGCUCCAGCCCAAGCAUAGGAUCAGCCCGCGCCCACCUUGUUCACGAGUUGGCAUACGACAGACCUUACAACUUACAAUGA